GCGAGUUUCGGGGAAACUCAUUCAGUACUCGGAGGUGGUUAGCGUAACUUCACCCAGCUAUCAGCUACCUUUUUGUUGUGAGGAAACUUGUUUCUGCAGACCCCAACUCGCAUUGAUGUGAACGGAUAUUUAGCCCACUAUCGCUUCAACAGGAAAAAUGCCCGUCAGAAGAGGAGAGGCCACAGUCAUGGAAGAAGUGAUAUGGGAGCAGUUCACUGUGACUUUACAAAAAGACUCCAAGCGAGGAUUAGGUAUAGCAGUCUCAGGUGGAAAAGAUAACCCCAACUUUGAGAACGGUGAAACUUCAAUCAUCAUCUCUGAUGUGUUGGAAGGGGGCCCAGCAGAUGGGUUACUUCAUGAAAAUGACCGGGUUGUCAGUGUUAACGGCUGUCCAAUGGAAAAUGUGCUUCAUUCCUAUGCUGUGCAGCAAUUAAGAAAAUGUGGGAAAGUAGCCCAAAUAACAGUGAAAAGGGUUCGGAGAGUCCCAGCUCGGCAGCCCGUGACUGAGCCUGAGAAUCGGUCCUUCGAUGCGGCUGAUGACUACGAUCGCAGAAGCGAGCACAGUAUCCAGAGCGACAGGAGUGACGGUGGGCCCAGAGGAUAUGACUACAAUCAAGACUAUAGCCCAGACAGAAGCUACAGACGAGAUAGGGAGCGCAGCAGGAGUUAUGAGAGAGACCAGAAUAGAGAGCAUAGUCGCAGCAGGGAUCACAGCAGGGGGAGGAUAUAUGACGACGACAGAGGUCACGAGAGAAACUAUGGGCGUGAAGGGCCUGGGCGGGCGAGAUUAUAUGAUGAAGACCAGGGACACAAUAGAGCUUAUGAACAUGGUGACCGAAUCCGGGGAAGGGCGUACGAAGAGGACCGGGAUUAUGAUGACGCCUACGAGCGAGGUGACAGAGGUCGUAGAAGGAAAUAUGAUGAGGAUCGGGGUCGUAAUAGAGCCCAAGAGAUCCCAGCAAGAGCCUCGAGCCGUGAUCGACUCAAAUCCAGAAGCCCAUCACCAGCAUCUCUUUAUUCUAAUGAUCGGGGGCUUCCAAAACCCUACAGAGUUAUGCUGGUUAAGAGCAGAGAAAAUGAAGAAUAUGGCCUUCGAUUAGGCAGCCAGAUCUUCAUCAAAGAAAUGACUGGAAUAGGGUUGGCCGCCAAGGAUGGAAACUUACAUGAAGGGGAUAUCGUUCUCAAGAUCAAUGGGACAGUCACUGAAAACAUGUCCCUGGCUGAUGCCCGAAAAUUAAUUGAACGGUCACGAGGGAAGCUCCAGCUUGUUGUGCAAAGAGAUGCGAAGCAAACACUGAUCAGCAUUCCGCCUAUGGAUGACAGUGAGUCUGAUUCAGAAGACAUUUCCGAAAUUGAUUCAAACCGCUCGUAUUCACCUCCUCCGGAAGAAAGGAAAUCACCGCAUUCCGAUGCUUCUUCACAUUCUUCUGGAAGAACUACUGCCAAGAAAAGUUCCAAACAGGAGCCCUCCAACAGACUGGUGAGAAUGGGAGGCAUGCCAACUCCAUUUGCAACAAGGUCUGACCAACCCACUGUUGUUGACUAUGAGAAGGAAGAUAGGACAGAGGAGGAUUACAGAGCUUCCAAAGUUGAAGAACCAGUAGUAAUGGCUCCAAAGAAAUUUCUUCAACCAAGUCCAGAAGAUCAAGAGAUCUUUGGCCCAGAUACAAAAAUGGUGCAGUUCAAGAAAGGUGAUAGCGUUGGCCUCCGACUUGCUGGUGGCAACGAUGUGGGGAUCUUUGUGGCAGGAGUGCAGGAAGGUAGCCCAGCUGAGAAUGAAGGGCUUGAGGAAGGAGAUCAACUCCUUAAGAUAAACUACAUGGAUUUCCGUAGUAUUGUGCGUGAAGAAGCUGUUCUAUACCUUUUAGAAAUUCCGAAGGGCGAAGAUGUGACCAUCCUUGCUCAGAGCAAGUAUGACGUGUACAAAGAUAUAAUUAACUCUGGCCGUGGCGAUUCAUUCUUCAUUAGGACUCACUUUGAAUACGAAAAAGAGACUCCACAGAGUUUGAAUUUUACCAGGGGUGAAGUCUUUAAAGUCUUGGACACACUAUACAAUGGAAAACUGGGAAACUGGUUAGCAGUGAGAAUCGGCCCUGACAACAUCAGACAACUGGAGAAAGGAAUCAUUCCAAAUAAAAGCAGAGCUGAGCAAAUGGCCAAUGUGCAAAAUGUCCAGAAGGCAGCUUCAAGUGACCGAGGGGAUUUUUGGAGGUCACGAGGUCAACGGGCAGCAAUGAAAAAGAACCUUCGAAAGAGUCGCGAGGACCUCACAGCAGUGCCAGUUACCACCAAGUUCCCAGCGUACGAGAGGGUUGUUCUUCGGGAAGCUGGCUUUAGGCGGCCUGUGGUGCUGUUUGGGCCUAUCGCUGAUAUAGCUACGGAGAAGCUGGCGACAGAGUUACCGGAUGCCUACAAAGUUGCCAAAACGGAACCCAGAGAUGCAGGCUCCGAAAGGGCAUCUGGUGUGGUUCGAUUGAACACAGUCAGACAGAUCAUUGAAGAGGACAAGCAUGCUUUACUGGAUGUUACACCCAAGGCUGUGGAUCUGCUGAAUUACACUCAAUGGUACCCGAUCGUUAUCUUUUUUAAGCCAGACAACAAGCAUGGCGUUAAAACCAUGAGGCAAAGACUGAAUCCAACAUCCACCAAGAGUUCCAAGAAGUUGUAUGAACAAGCUGUCAAGCUAAGGAAGAGUUCUUCUCAUCUUUUUACAGAGACGAUUGAUCUCAAUUCCUCUCACGAUGGCUGGUACGGAUUGGUAAAGGAUCUGAUUCGAGAUCAUCAGGCUUCUGCAGUCUGGGUUUCGGAAGGCAAGGCUGAUGGACUUGGAGAUGAAGAUCUUGAGAUGCCUGACGAUCGCAUGUCCUAUCUGUCAGCGAUGGGAGCUGACUACCUCAGCUGUGACAGCCGAUUGAUGAGCGACUAUGAUGACACAGACACCGAGGGUGGUGCCUAUACAGACAACGAGCUGGAUGAGCCAAUAAAUGAGCCUCGAGUAUCUUCUGUUGCCAGAUCAUCAGAACCUGUGCAUUUUGAUGAGCGGAAGCCAAGUCCAGAACCACCUGUAGCUCGAGGACAGAUGAGGAGAGCAGGCAGCAGGGAAGUCCUGAGAGAUCCCAGCCCUCCUCCUGACUUCAGACCUGAGCCACCAAAGGCCAAAGCUGAAAUGCAUGCACACACGAAAGAGCCCCCGAAGCCACACUACGAUUCUCGUUACAGUAGCUCGAGUCCUGGGAGUAGCGAGCACCCCCGCAGUCAGGAGGCCACGAUCCCUUCCAAGCCACAGCCCCCUCCGGUGGCUUUGAAACCCUCGUUUGGGGCUAGAACGGCAGUCAAGCCACUGGCUGCAGCCACUAUGCCCCCAGGUGAAGAGGGUGAGCAGUACAUCGAUGAAGAGUUGGGAGAUGGGGACCAGCAUAAGUCAGUGUUGGGCAAAGUGAAAAUAUUUGAAAAACUGGAUCACAAAGCUCGAGCUCAGAGACUGCAAGAACUACAAGAAGCACAAAUGGCAAGACUGGAAAUUGCACAAAAGAACCCAGAUAUCUACGCUGUCCCUAUGAAACCACCUAAAGUGGAACAACCACAGUCACACAGACCUCCUGAGCCCCAGAAGCCCGCACCACAAUCCUACCUGGACCCCAGCGGAUUUGGCUACAGAGUGGAAGAUGAGGAUGAUGAGGAGGAGCAGUAUCGCAGACAACUUGCAGACCAUUCAAAGAGAGGUUAUUACGGUCAGCACGGACCUCAUACCACCAAAUACAGGGAUACUGAACUUUAGAAAAGGGAUACUUUAUAACCAUGGUUUUAAUAAAAUGAAAAACAAAACAAAAAACAGAUGUGCUGGAAAUGAUCUGCUGGCCCAUAAGCUCCUGGACCGUCAGUGACUGGUUAACUUGCAGUUGCUCCCAGCAAUAGUAACUUUAUUUCAAUGGGACUUGUAUACUUCGCGAAUGCUGUUCUAUCUGCCUUUUACUAUAGUUUUCACAUUAAGCUUUUUUUUACAUAAUUUCCAAUUCACGGACAAAUUAAGGUUUUAAAAAGUGGGCAGACAUUUGUAACAGAGUUCUGCACAGGAACACAAAAGUGCCUCGUGUUUAUUUUUCUUGAACAAAAAGCUUGCUUUUGGAGAAAAUGUUAUUGGUGAAGGUAAUGACACUGGACUUGGUAUGAAUUUGAGUUAUAUUUUUUAAAUGAUAAGCCAUUGUGGUGUAAAGAUCAUUUGGGACCAGAGGAAAGAGUCCUAAUUUUGUACUGCAUUUGCCAUUGACAUGUGCAAGAAUGUAUCUUGCACCCAGAGUGCAUUUUUUCUAACUUGUAAUGAUGGUAUUGAUUUUAAAUUGAUCAAAUAAAACAUUAUGUAUUUAAGUGCCAUUACUUUUUAGCUUGGAUAUCAAAAUGCAGAUAAAGUUUUGGUUUUGGGGAUUUUUGAAGAACUACUUAAUCUUUUAGUGCUUUUUAAAUUGUGAAUAACAAAAACUUUAUAUUGUAGAACAUUCUCAAGUUAUCAGAACCUCUCAAUGUGUUAUAACCACUGAAAUACUUUCAAAAGUUUAAUCACUUGAAGGAAAUGCCAAUUUUCACAAUCUUUCAAAUGAUUCAAUGGAAUCAGAAAUAUUAAAAUGUUAGAGGUAUUUUUGACUUGUUUAGUUCUACAAGGUAAAAUGCCACUGGCAGGUUUGGCCUCUGGAAAGCUUGGGAGAUGCUGCUUUUAAACUCCAGUCCAUGGCUGAAAGUGCUCCCAAGGUUCUGUUAGUAAGGAGCUCCUGGAUUUGAACCCAGUGUUGAUGAAUGAAGAGUUAAUGAUUUGCAAUCAGAAGAGUAUAUGAUGUGGAACAAACUCUGUACUCUUGUGUUCUCACAGAUGCACCUUGCCUUUCUAGGUUGUAGCUCUAGGACCAGAUGUUUGAUGCCUAUAACGGACAAUCGUGAACUGUGUGAGUGAAUCUGAGGCUGAGAUCAAUGUUGAUGUCUGCUUUUACCCCCAAAAGAUUGGUUAACUAACGUACAGUAAAUUUUAAAUAGUCCUCAAAUGAACUGUUUCUGGCACUUGUGUAAUAUAUUUUUCCCGAGCCUCAGUCCACUUGUUUAUCAAUUCCUGGUUCAAAAUGAAGUUCAGAUGAACGCCAGUCUUAUUCAUAAUUAAAUUGACAGCCUGUGUAAAUUUAUCUCCCCCUGUACCUCAUUGUGCCUGACUUAGAAAUGGUGAUCAUAAAGUCACUUUUAAUUUUGUAUAUUUCAACAACUUUUAUUUAAACAUUUUCAACAUCUAGGCAUUGCAGCUAAGGCCAACAAUUAAUUGUCCAUGUCUGAUUGUUUGAUAUAAAGAUUUUAUUGGGCCAUUUCAGCAGAUAUUUGAGUCAACCAGAUUACUGCGAGUCUGGGGAUGCAUAUAAAUGAGACAGUAAAAUGACAGAUUUUGUUUCCUGAAUGACAAUAUUGGAUUGCUGCAGAUGUAAUUAUCUUAUGGUCAUAUUUGUAAUUUAAUUUUUUUUUAUUGCCUGAAUAGUCCUCCAAUGUAGGGAAAUUUGAACUUUAUCACUGAAGCAUUCAUCCAGGCUCCAGAUAACUGGCAACACACAGAAAAUGCUGGAGGAACUCAGCAGCCGCUGUGGAAAAGAGUAAAUAGUUGACAUUUUUGGGCCGAGAUCCUUCAGGACCGAGAGGGAAAGAGGGAGAUGCUUGAAUUAAAAGAUAGGGGAAGGGAAAGGGGCUGGCUGGAAGGUGAUCGGUGAAGCCAGAUGGGUGGGAAAGGGCAGGAAUGGAGAAGAAAGAAUCUGAUAGGAGAGGGUAUAAUAGGAGAGAGGGAAGGAGGAGGGGACCCAGGUAAUAGGCAGGUGAGAAGAAGUAAAAUGUCAGAGUGGGGAAGAGAGGAAGUGGGGGGGAUGAAUUUUGUUCACCGGAAGAAGAAAUCCAUAUUUAUACUAUCAGGUUGGAGGGUACCCACAGAAUAUAAGGUGAUCCUCUUCCACCCUGCGGGUGGCCUCUUCUUGGUACAAAAGAGGUGGCCAUGGAUCAACAUGUCGGAAUGGUAAUGGGAAUUGAAAUUAGAGUGGUUGGCCAUUGAUAAUAGGUCCGGUGAAUGCAAGACGGCCCAAGAAUCUCGCAGAACUAGAAGCAUUUUGCAAAGAAGAAUGGGCGAAAAUCCCCCAAGCAAGAAUUGAAAGACUCUUAGCUGGCUACAGAAAGCAUUUACAAGCUGUGAUACUUGCCAAAGGGGGUGUUACUAAGUACAUACUGACCAUGCAGGGUGCCCAAACUUUUGCUUUGGGCCCUUUUCCUUUUUUGUUAUUUAGAAACUGUAAAAGAAGUAAAUAAAAAAAAAAGUAAUCCUGCUUAAUA